AUGGCCAAGAAGUUCCUGCUCCAUCUGCUUGUUCUGGUGCACAUGACCAGUGGCGCCCCUGCCCGAGGCACUGAGAUUAUUCCACUCCUGGCAUCCAAUUCCAUCAUCAACCGCCGAAACCUCUUUCUGGACCCGAAAUCGAAGCUCUUCCUCAUUCGGCUGCGGUAUAGUAAGGUGCUGGCGACCACUGGCAUGGAGCGGAAUGCUGUCCGAGCCAUCCCCAGAGCUCCAUCCCAUAUACUACUGGUCUAUCUGGUGGUUGUGGAGCCAUUCAUUCACUAUCUCCAUCAGGCAUUGAAGCUCCGAAACCGCCGCAGUCUUCUUUUUUCAAUUCAGGGCGACCUCCCUACCAGCCGCCAGGUCAGUGACACGCUCCGCCAUCGGACCAGCGCCCUGAUCGGCCAGGGCAUUCAGAUCCAUUCAUGGCGCCAUCUCGCCCAAGGCUUCAUUCGAUAUGGCAUGGGGGAACGGAUGGAGGGGGACUCCAUUGAAGCGCCAGAGCUGAGUGAGCUUGAGAAUGAAGCUCUAGCAGCCGGCCAAGCACACCACAGCGUCCGCACGGCCAUGCUGGUCUAUGGCCGGCCACAGGUUCAAUUUGGCAACCUCCCCAUCAACCAGCAGGCCGCCUACAUUGACUUCAGCCAGCGGUGGCAUUCCUAUAUCGGCAUGGGGCCUGAUUUCGACUUUUUGAGCUUUCUCUAUCAAGGGAGACCGCUGCCUCAGGCCCCCCAGGCCACAGCCAAGACCCCCCAGGGCCUAUCUACCAGCUCCUUUCCUCUCAACCAGCCCUGCCUGCGCUUCUGGUGGCAGAGAUCUGCCUCUUCACCAUCCCCUAAGAUCCCUAUUGGUCAGUUCAAUGCAUUCAUGGGCUCCACAACCCCCACAUUCACUCCAAUCGACCCCAAUGUCACUGAAGGCAUUCCCGAUGGUGACCCGCGCCUGGCCGAGCUGGAACCAGGCCAGCGACUGCGACUGCUUGCACACCAGCCAUUCCCUCAAACCCCUAGGGGCCUUCAAGCACCAGACCUCCUGCUUGGGCUCUUUCAAGAAUUCAUGGGAACGCCUCAGGCUGAAUUUCGAAGCGCAGAACAGCGUGAGUGCCUCUACCAUCUGCUGAAGCCAACCCCAUUCCUUCUCAUGGCAUUACCAACUGCUGGAGGCAAGACCACCCUGUUUCUGCUUGCUGCAAGCCUUGCCUGGGCGCAUACUACUGUCCUGGUGGUUCCCCUUGUUUCAUUGAAGCUGAACCUGCAAUCUAAGCUUCAAAACCUAGGUCUGCCAUGGGUGAAUUGGGAGGAUCAGCAUGAGGAGACCCCUCCUACCCGGCUAGUGCUAGUAUCCAUUGAGUCUGCUGUCAGCCAGGUCUUCAUUAACUGGGCCAUGCAGCUCUACCACCAAAACGCCCUGGACCGCAUUAUUUUUGAUGAGGCCCAUCUCAUCCCCCUGGCCCGCAGCUAUCGGGGGGUGAUGAAUGAUGUAAACCGCCUGAGCCAGAUCCCAGUCCCCAAAGUCUUUGCCUCGGCCACCAUGACCCAGCCUGCCCUGGACCAGCUCCGCCACCAAUUCCUCCUGCCAGCCCACCUUCCCCUGGUGGUCCGUGGUGAUAUCAACCGCCCUGACAUUCACUAUCUGGUCCAAGCACACCCCCCUAGGCUCUCUGGCGCCCGCCGCUUCCAAUAUCUUUUGAACCUGAUCCGUGAUGCACGCCAGGCCGGGCAGAUCCCCCCUAGGGGUCAGGUGAUCAUCUACCUUCCCUAUAAGGGCAUGGUGGAGGAGUUCCAUCAGGCCUAUCCCCAGGAGACAGCCUAUUUCCAUGCCAGCAUGCCAGAGGAAGACAAGACAAGGCAGGUGGAGAGCUUUGACCAAGGGCAGAAGCUCGUGCUCCUUGGGACAGCUGCCAUCGGGGGAAGGAUAUGA